GUCCAUCAUCGUCGUUGCCCGCACACGCGUAGUGACACGCGCCUCGCUCGUAUCGUUCAUAGUCCAUACUCCAUCAACUCCAUGGUGAAUGAUGUCGAACGCGACGGUCGAACUCAAUGAGCGCCAUAGUGAUUUGCUCCGUGUAAUGAUAGUGAUUCGUAAUUUCGUAAGCACGGAACUUAUGGAAAGAUCCAGAAUCAUUCCCAGCUAAAACCGUCACCCGCGUCAACAUGUGAUUUUCGUGAAACCGGCGUCUCUUGAAUCCCCGCGAUCACCGCAAUCGUUCCGUAACGAAAACCUAACCUAAUCUAACAGUGACACUUCCGCGACGAUCUUACGAUCGGCACUGCUGCCGCUAUCGCUGCUGUAGUUAUUUUAAUUUUUUUGUAUAACUUUAGUAGCUAUCGCUCGUUCCGCUCCGUCUGUAAAAAACGGUGUCUUAGCGAAGUCAGAUUCGCGAUAACCUUGGCAAAGUCGCGAAGGCGCAAUUGCGUUCGAUGACAGCGCAUCAUAGGAGCGGCUCGUGCUGGUCGCGGUGAUCUGACAGGAACAAGCUGAUCAGGCAUGCACCUGAUGCAUGCGGCGCAAUCAUACGCGGGCGAUCAUCUUCGGGUGUGUACACUUUCGUCCUACGUCGUGCUAUCAUGAGCGAGGAGUCUAGAAAAAUAGUGACCAGGUUCCAUCCCAUCCACGGUGAGAACAUCCUCCUGUGCGAGGACAGCACGGUCGCAGUACGGACUACGAGCUUUGCCAAUUCGGUGGCCUUCAGCGAGAAGCCUUUACAGCCAGGAGAGAUCUUCCUCGUAGAGAUCGAGAAGACGGAGAGAGGAUGGAGUGGACACAUGCGGCUGGGUCUUACUUUGAUCGAUCCAGCUUCGGUCAACAACAACUUGCCUCAAUAUGCAAUGCCCAAUCUAGUUAGAUUAGGCAAUACGUGGAUCCUCGCUAUAACUAGGAAUCAAACUAUCUGGGAUAAUUUUGAUGGUGGUCUAUCUUCCACAUACACCUCUAUCACAGGACUACCACCAGGAAUACCAGCCAGAGAGAAGAAAUUGAUCACAGAUGGAGUCAAUGUGCAAACGUCACGUGGUGUUAUUCCUUUUAAUGCUCUAAAACCAAAUAUAGAUGGUUCUUCUCAAUGCAUCCUGCCUACAGAUGCGGGUAGUCGUAUUGGUAUCAUGUAUGUACCGCAGGCCGGUUGUCCUGAUAAAGCAGAAAUGCAUUUCAUCAUCAACGGUGAGGAUCAAGGCGUAUGCGGCAAGGAUAUUCCUUAUAAGGCAGGACCUUUGCGUGCUGUAGUGGAUGUCUACGGUACCACGAAACAAGUUCGAAUAGUUCAACUGUAUGGAGCAGUAUCAACACUACAGAGUGCAUGCCGUGACGCUAUAUUGCAAUACACCAAGAGAAACGCAGUCAAUCUGCUCCCUUUGCCGAGACUACUGAAGGACUAUCUCUUAUAUCAAUCGCAGUGAGAAUCAGCUCAUUCCGCUUUUGCAUAUGUUAGGAACAUUACUUGUCAAUUUCUAUAUCUUUUCCCAGUGAUAUCUUCAGUGUUUAUAUAUGCGUAAUAUAUAUGUUCUAUUCAUUAUUGAAGACUGCCGAAUCAUGUCGAUUUAAAGCGUUGGUGCGAAUAUAUUCGUUUCUAUAAACAUAUCUUUUCGAAAUGUAUAUGAUAGAAAUGAUUGACUGUAUUUAAUAAUGGAGAAUUCUUUUUACUUGCGCGUUUUGAAGAUUUUUCUGGGGCAGAAACGUUAAAUCAUAACGUGUAUAUAGUGUAACGAAAUGUUGAUCGCUGCAAAAUCGAAAAAUUCAGCGAAAUCAUAUUGAAAGUUUAAAUAUACAUAAUUAUCAUUUGGAAAUGACAUAUAUGAGGCAUAACAAUGUCAUAUAUAAAAGUUAGAUAUAUUUUCAGGCAGUUAUUUUCAUUCUACUUAUAUUUCCUGAUUUCUCUAUUUAUUAUGAGAUAUGUAGGUUAAGUUGCAAUUGGCACUGUUGUUAAACAAAUAAAAACGAACAAUGUUAGUAUAAAUGUCCAAAGCAAACUUGUUUUACAAAAUAAAGGUAUUUAUAAAAAGAAAA